GCUCUGCUCCAGCUCCCACCAGCAGCACUGAGCAUAAGAACAGCAGAAACCCCUUCGCCCUCCUGCUGCCAAGCCAGACAGAGAGACACACAGCACCAUGUACAGCGUGGACGACCUCCUCAUUUCUCACGGAUACAAAUUGCCCAAGACAAGCGUCCCCUGCCCCUCUUCAACUUCAUCCGCCUCCGCACCUUGCGAGAAACAGCACCACGUCUCCGCCACGACCGACUGCCAGCGUGAAAUCCCAGCGGCAGAGAACCAGAGGCCUGGUCGUGUUGGCUCACUGAACGGGUAUGAACAGGCAGCAGACAGGGCCUGUGUCUUCAGGAGCAGCAGCAGGCAGGCACUACUGGCGAAGGUCUACCCCGGCAGCGGGGACAAUGAGAGCGGCGGGGAAAGGAACCAAAGGAGAAAAGAAGCUGGCAGCGGUAACCUAGGUGACAGCCUAGCACAGCCCCUGGGAGAUUCUCUCGCCACGGAUAGCGGGUUCUAUGACGCUCCCAGCUUAACCUAUUCUGAGCAGAUCGAGAGAAGAGAGCAGUUGGAUGAGAGGGAUGUCUCCUACUGGAGGAGGAGAGGCCAGGACUUCAGUGUCCUUCUGGAUUACGCCGAUGGCCGGGAGCUGAGAGCAUCCGCUAGCUUUCUGAAGGCCUCUGAGGUGGCAUGGAGGCCACAGGCCCUGAUAGCAGAGGACCACAGGGGGGAGAGGGAGAAGCAGCAACAGAAGCAGCUAUGGGAUGACACCCCCAUCUCCUGGCUGAGGGAAACUGACGCGGCUCCUGGACAGCUGAGGGUAUUGACUGGGGUGACUGGGGUGACUGGGGUGACUGGGGAGCGGAAGUGCCAGAGCCUGGGCACAGAGGAGUGGAAGCCUGCAGUGGGGCUGGGGAGGCAGCUGUCGGAUGGGGAGGGCGAGAGGUGGGCUCAGGACCAGCAGCACCGCCUGAGGACUCCAGAGAGCGCUGGUUUUAUCCUUCCCAGAACCAGAGGGAAGUCCCAGUCCCUCCCCAGAGUGCUGUCGCCUGAUGGAACUACUGAACACACAGACACACAGUCCAGCUUGGUCAGUGUCCAGCUUCGACCGGGCCAGGUUGAUAGACAGAGAGUGAACAGCACCGUCUUUUCCGGGCCUUAUAGUAGGUAUUACCACAGCGCCGCAGUCGGCCGGGACCGGUGGGCCAGAAACAGUUGGCAAAGCGGCAGUCAUGUUGCAAUAUUACCAAAGCCCAGGUUCAGCAGGCCUGUCAAGCCUCCGUCGUACGAGAUACACCAGCAGACUAGGGGUAGCCAGGAGAUGCUUUCUGUAGCUGUAGUAGAUGAGCAGAGUGUGUCCAAACAACAGAAGGACAACAGGCCUGUCUAUCACCCAAGGGGUGGAGAACUGCAGAGACAAGACUAUUUCGCACAACACUCCGCAAUCUUUGGCAUGGAGCCCCCCGGUUACAUCCCGCCCCCGUCUUAUAAGAGAGCCCCUCCCCCAAUCAGGGGAGGCCCAAUCAACCGCAAUGAAGUGGUGAACUAUAAGUGGAGGGGGGAGAUGCAGAUACAGAUGCAGAUGCCUGUGAGCUCAGAGACGGGAAGGUGGUUUUCCAGACAGACAGGAGGGUCGUGGCUGGAACACUAUGGGGAUCGAGGUAUACCCUACAGGAAACAGGUUAACUCUAACCCAAAUCUUAACCCUGGAUACACCGAGGAACAUCUGGGGCAUGUUCACUAUUUACCCUUUGAUGAUCCGCGAGUGAGACACAUCUCAGGAGGGCCUGGCGGAAAUUCUCUCACUGACUCGGACAAGCUUAUCCGAAACAUCAACAAAGAGAUUCCCUGCGCUAAGGUUUUAGGACAAUCCACACAUGAUAGUGCCUUUUCCCCCCCACAUGGGCUAUCUCUCAAUACCGACAGCCGCAAGACAUCUGUCAAUGACAACGACGGUAGUAGUACUAGAUGGUGCCACAGGGGUUUAAUAAACAAAGGAAGUGUAGACAGUGUAGCUCCUGACCAGAGCUGUGGUAACUAUCCAACUGCUUUUCAGGUUAGACCGCCCCCUCAGCAGAUCAGGCUUGUGGACCAAGGUGUGUCAGAAACUGUGACUCAAGUGAAAAAGAAAGAGCCUGACUCCUCAGAGAAAGAGAAACCAAGAAAGCCUGACUCCUCAGAGAAAGAGAAACCAAGAAAGCCUGACUCCUCAGAGAAAGCAGAGAAAGUAGAGAAAAAGAGCGUAAAAAAGAAACUUAGCGAAACAAUAUUCUGUCUGGUGUCUGUUCCCAUCCCCCCAACGCCGGGCAGUACGUCCCAUGAUCAAAACAACAAUGAUGAGAAGCCGCCAAGCCCAGUCCGGCCACCAAGCCCAGUGGACAGUCCGAGCGAGAACAAAACUGGCCACUUAACAAACCAAAGUCUCCAAAGCACAUCUUCAGCAGAGGCUGAGCUGCAAGCACUAACCGGUAGCAUAGCGAGCAGCAGAUCAAGCAGCAAAAUAGUGAGAAAACUCCCCAUUAAACCCCCCAAAAUAAACCAUCACAAGGAGCUGAAACUCUCGGGAUCCUGGCCUGGGAACCAGUACCGUGACCAGGAGACUCAAACUAGCCCAGAGGCCAGAAAGCGUCAGCCUCCCCCUCCUCCUCCUCCAGGUCCUGAAAACAAGGAAGCACAAGACUCUCAAGUCCCUGCCCCAGGUUCCCCCGACCCCGGCGUCACCCCAGACCCUAGCAGUGUGGGCAGCACUGCAUUCAGCUAUCCCAUAAAAGGGGUGAAGAGCCUGAAACCAUCCAGCAACAGCGCCUUUUCCAGGACGGCCACUUUCUCAAUCUCCAGCCAGCUGAACAAGAGCACAGCUCAGCCGCCAGCAGCAGCACCACCACCACCACCCUCAGGAAACACGAUGGAGGUCAAACCAGCAGCGACCUGCAGUGGGCAGGAGGGCUUUGGUCAGUUCCUGCUGAAGCCCGUCAGCAGACGGCCAUGGGACGCCAUUGAGGAGCUAGAGACUAUCAACAAAGAGCUCCAGGAUCAACAGCAACAACCACAGCAGCAGAGCAGCAAGAGGCCCAGUGUUGACCAGUGCAUCGAGGACCUCAACGAGGCAUACAAAGACAUCUUAGAGCUAGGCACUGCCAGCAAUAACGUUCCCAACAAUGGAGGCGCUGUGCAGAUCCCUGAGCGGAUCAAGAUAAGGCUAGCGGGGGAGGCGGGACUCAGCAAACCCAGCAGCCUUAGGCGCAGUAUCGAGAGCUGGACUGUGUCCGUCGACCCAGAGUACAGGGAGGUCAAGAGCGCCUUCUCAAGACCCGCUGAAAGAAAGUCAGUGACAUUCAGCAAGCAGCUAAGAGAGGAGCUCCCUGUCCCACCACGCGAUCCUACAGGAUUCAGAGAAUACAGGGUUGUUUCGAAUUUGUCACAGAGGAGAAGUAGCUGCAGUGGCAGGUCAGUGAAGCUAGACCUCUCUUCGCCUUCGGAGACACCACCGCCUUGUGACUUUACCGGCCCUAGUGACUUUAUUGACUCUCCUAGUGAUCCCAGCGAGAUCAGAGACUUAAGCCCAACGACGCCAACAACGCACACGGCAGCAGAAGUCCCCUGGGCAGAUAGGCAGCCGAUGCAGGACGCCUCCACACUUACGAGCCCCCCUGAUUAUGAGGACAUAUGUCAGUCUUUACAAAAGACCCGAGACUCAACAGAAGUUAACAAAACUUUGACGGCCAAAUCUAAACUUGGUGGUGGUAGAGGCAAUGCAGUGCCUCCAGGGGGCGCCAGUCUAGACUCUGAAGAGGAAUGCCCCAUUUGUAAAAAAGAGAGCGAGAGCCAGAUGUCCAGACCAAGCCCAAUGUCUCCGCUCCAUGAGGAGUCAAGCCCAGACUUGUCUGAUCAAAGUAGCGCCACGAUCGUCGGUGACAGUGGUAGUCCACAAGGAGCUGAAACAUAUGAAGAACCAGAUGAGGACGAAGUAGACACAAAGCUAUCCUCCGUCUCUUGCUCGAAUCGUUCAGAGACUCAGACUCUGUGUCAAGAUUGGAGGGAGCAGCUGUCACUCACAGAUGAUAAGAAUGUGGGUGGGUGCGCUGCUGCUGAGAAGACCAAUCAAAACCAAGCAACCAAGGAUCUCAACAAUCUAUACGAAGUGAAAUGUGCCGAGGGAAUCCCAGAGAAUGAAUCCAUAGAGGAGAGGGCAGCCAGGAUAUUAGGGAUUGAUGUGCCUGCAGAGUCCCUAGUUACAGGGGAGCGGAGGGCUAGAGAGCCAGCAACAGAUGAGAUUGAAUUAAGAGAGAGUGAAGCCACUGCUGGAGAAGAUCCAGAAAGAAGCAAUGCAAACGAACAGACAUUACAAACACAUGUGAGAGAUACAGAGUCUGGGGAACUGCGGUCUACAGCAUCUAUGGUGCCUGACAGUGGGCAGGAGUUACAAGAAAAUGAGCCGCCACAGGAUACGCCAGAGCGCAUCAGGAGUGCCAAAUGGACCCAACUGGGUCGAGAAACUCCAGGUAUGCUGGAGUUUCCGCCAGACAGACUGCCACUUUCGGUCCCCAUGAACCCCGACCAGAAGCUGUCUCACAGUCUGGAGGGAGAGAGGAGGGGCAGAGGUGCCUCACAGCACAUAGAGGCCCUGCAGGACAAGCUAGCUGCCUCGCCCAGCCACCAGGUGGCGAUAGAGCGCCUGGCUCGGAUGAAGGUGGUGGACUCGGUGUCCCGCAUGAGACUCAGCAUCAGGAGCACAGACUCUGGGGAGGUGGACGGGGAGGCGGAGGCCAGUCGUGGCGUUGAACAAGUGGAAGAGAACGCUGUCCUCCCUGCUCCCUCCCAGAGUGACACAGUGGACGAUAGAGAGGUCAAGCUAGAGGACGAUCGAGAGGCAUCUGAAGAUACAGUGUUGCAAGACGAGGAGGUGUCAUCUGUCUCGGAGGCCUGAGACCCAAGCCCAGUGGAUUAAAGUGGAGAGAGACUGAGACGCCCGUCAUCUUUCUCCAUCUGAGGUUUAGCUCCCUCCAACACUGUGACCUGGCUACCCACUAGAAUGCCUUCAUCUCAUCCCAAACACAGAAACGGCCUUCUUCUCCGACAACAGCAUUGUGUACACCCUCACCCUCGGCGUCGUUGAGUGCUAAGAGUGUUCCACUGCCAAAAGGGAGGUGUCCCCCUACCCUCCCCCAGCUUCCAUCUACCCCCCCCCCCCCCCCAUCUCCCCUUUAUCUCCCCCAACCCAUCCUAGGAGGGGUCCAAAAUGGUACCCUACUCUCUAUAUAGUGCACUACUGGGCCCUGGUCAAAGGUAGUGCACUGCAUAGGGUUCAGGGUGCCAUUUUGGGACUCAUUUCUAGUGUUAUUGUAGCAGCUUGUUCUUUAUCCUUUCUUAUUCUACCCUCCCGAUGCUUUUCAUUGGCUUAUUCUACCCUCCCAGAUGCUUUUCACUGGCUUAUUCUACCCUCCCAGAUGCUUUUCAUUGACUUUAUUAUUCUACUCUCCUAGAUGCUUUUCAUUGGCUUAUUCUACCCUCCCAGAUGCUUUUCAUUGACUUUAUUAUUCUACUCUCCUAGAUGCUUUUCAUUGGCAGACAUUAUGCAAUUCUGUCAUGCGUAUAACAACCUAAAAAAAAAUUCCAUAGUGAAUACAGUUAGCUGACUCAUCGUUCACACGCUGUGUGAGUCUGUUUGUUUAUGGGCGAGCUGUUUAGAUAUGAAUGUAAACACGUUUUACACAACCAAGUAGACAUAGGAGUCAUAAGAGCUGUUCUGUUACAUUCAGUCGAUUACACCAAAAUAUUUACAUUUGAUUGUUAUGGACAGAGAGAAGUGAGAAAUGUAUUAUAUUGGACAUUAAUGUCUUUGGCUCGAGAACUGUUUUAAUUUUCAGAUGAAUCGAUCGAUCAAUCCGUCAAUCAAUCAAUGAAUCAACCAAUCAAUCAGUCUAUUAUUAUUUUGUUACAUUGUGGCCUGUCUGUCUCAUCGCUUUCCCGUACACUGUAAUCAUAAUCCAUAGAGCUCUUCAAUGAAGAGUGACUCUAUUCCUACCAGAUGUCAGGGUUAGGUUCAAUUCAAAUUCAAGUCAGUCGUUUCAGAACGUAAACUGAAAUUCCAAUCUAUUUUCAAUGAUUUCUCAAAAAAUUUAAAACGAAAAGCUAUUUAUUAAAACACGUUUUUCCAUUUAUGAAUGUUCACUUCCUGAAUUGAGUGACUUCAAUUUGAAUUUACCUAAACCCUGAUAUGGAGAAAUGAUAAAUCAGUGAAAUAUAUUUUGUGAGGCAUUGGUUCUAUGUUAUGGGGGGUGGGGGUUACCUAGGUGACAGGCUGUUUGUGCUGUCAUGCCAACUCCUUGUCACUCAUUGGCUUGACAAUGUGCAAUGGAAUUGACAAAGAGCACAAACAGAUCUGGGACCAGGCGUUGCCUUCUGUAUACAGAUGUGCAUUUCAUUAUCGACUGGAUCAGGUUACAAGACCACUGGGCAGUGAAAUCAAUGUUUUAAAAAGAUCUAUCUGGGUAGUAUAUUAGCUGUAUUUCCCAGGUAAUUUCAGGAAGCAAUAAUGGUAUGGAGUUUUGAGAUGUAAACAAUAAUUAUAUGGACAUAGUAAAAAGAUAAGAGCAAUAUUGUCGUACAAACAGCUUAGUUGCAUAGUCAGUGGAGCUGGGAACCAUUGUCAGGAAUCUAAUUAUUACCAAGUCCAUAAUGGCACCCUAUUCCCUAUAUAGUGCACUACAUUAGACCAGAGCCCCAUGGGCACUGGUUAAAAGUAGUGCACUAAAUAGGGAAUUGGGUGCCAUUUGGGACGUAACAUUUUAACGAGUCAUCGUUUGAAUCAUCCUGUAGCUAAAUGGAGAUGUAUCAGGGUAUGCUGGUGGGCGGUGCUUAUUUCAUAGAAAAUAUUAGUGGCCAUACAUGUGUAUCGUGUUAAGUGACUACAUUUCACUAAAUAUACAUUUUUGUUAUCAUUGAAUUGUUAAUCAGUUUGCAUAAUGUACAAAAUAAAGUAUAUUUUAAAUAUUUUAAGAGAUAUUUUGUAUUUAACCAUUCUAUUUUAUUUCUCCACACUUUGAUCACAAGUUGAAAGUAUCAUAUUGUCUGUACAGUAUCAUAUUGUUUAUACAGUACCAUAUUGUCUGUACAGUACCAUAUUGUUUAUACAGUACCAUAUUGUCUGUACAGUAUCAUAAUGUCUGUACAGUAUCAUAUUGUUUAUACAGUAUCAUAAUGUCUGUACAGUAUCAUAUUGUUUAUACAGUAUCAUAAUGUCUGUACAGUAUCAUAUUGUCUGUACAGUACCAUAUUGUCUAUACAGUAUCAUAAUGUCUGUACAGUAUCAUAUUGUUUAUACAGUACCAUAGUCUAUACAGUAUAAUAAUGUCUGUACAGUACCAUAUUGUCUGUACAGUAUCAUAUUGUCUAUACAGUAUCAUAAUGUCUGUACAGUAUCAUAUUGUCUGUACAGUACCAUAUUGUCUGUACAGUACCAUAUUGUCUAUACAGUAUCAUAAUGUCUGUACAGUAUCAUUGUUUAUACAGUAUCAUGUCUGUACAGUACCAUAUUGUCUAUACAGUAUCAUAAUGUCUGUACAGUAUCAUAUUGUUUAUACAGUAUCAUAAUGUCUGUACAGUAUCAUAUUGUUUAUACAGUAUCAUAAUGUCUGUACAGUAUCAUAUUGUUUAUACAGUAUCAUAAUGUCUGUACAGUAUCAUAUUGUUUAUACAGUAUCAUAAUGUCUGUACAGUAUCAUAAUGAGAGUAUACAAUUUUCUAGCACUUCAAAAAAAAGAUUGACAUAAAGAAGGAUUGACCUUACAAGCAAAGCUAUGUGCAGUGUGCCUUGAUCAAACGGUCAUUCUGUUCAGUGACAAGAUGAGGGUUUAUCUUCUUUGUGAGUCUUGACUUAAUGGGAAAUUCUGAUUGUGCCAUGAGUUCCCAUUUCUAGUGCAUUUUCACACGCUGUCUGAAAAACAGUUGAACAUUUGAUGCUGGACGCUCUUACUGAUGAUCCAUCGAUCCAUCUCAGCUGUGUUCUUAUGUUUAGGGUCAGCUGUGACCUGCAGUGUUGGGGUCAAUUACAUUUCAAAUCAGUCAGUUCAGGAAGCUAACUGAAAUUUAAAUUAACAUUUUUCUCAAUG